AUGAAAACAAUGGAGGCGAAUUCAUAUCAGCAGAUUACACAGAACAAUGAAGUGUCCAUUGAGAUGGAUUUACUGCAAGUGGGCUCGGAGCCGGUUGGUAUGAGAUGUCCAUAUUGCCAGGAGGACGUUAUGACCAAAGCCCAUUACAUCAACACAUCUCUGACGCACAUUAUCGCCUUGGUACUUGGUAUACUUUUCUGGUGGUUAUGUUGUUGCAUUAUACCAUACGUCACUAAGAGGUGGAAAAAUGUGGAGCACUACUGUCCUAAUUGUAGAAGAUUCUUAGGAAUAUAUUCAAGAAACAAAUUAUUUUAA